GGGGGCGGGGCGGAGUGCCCGGCGUAGCCCCGCGCAGUCACAGGGCGAGCGGUGAGGAGGCGACAGCGGCACGGACGGCGCUUUCCGCGGGUGGGGCAUCGUCACCGCCCCGCAGUCACCGCCGGACCCAGCGCUCACACCUUUCGUCCCUGCUCUCCCCGGCGCGGGGGCUCCGCGGGGUGAUGCGUCCCCACCAGGCGGUCGCUCCCGCCGUGUCCGCCGGGUCCUAGAGCCGUCCGCAGCGAGGCCCCGCGGGCCGUCCCGCCGCCCGUCCGUGCUCGCCCGGCGGCGCCGGGCCAUGAACGGCCCCGCGGGCGGCGGCGGUUCCCGCUGAGCGCCCGCACCCGGCAUGGGGGUGAACGCCGUACACUGGUUCCGCAAGGGGCUGCGGCUCCACGAUAACCCGGCGCUGAGGGAAUGCAUCCAGGGCGCCGACACAGUGCGCUGCGUCUACAUCCUGGACCCCUGGUUCGCCGGCUCCUCCAACGUGGGCAUCAACAGGUGGCGAUUCCUGCUUCAAUGUCUUGAGGAUCUUGAUGCCAAUCUGCGGAAAUUGAAUUCACGUUUGUUUGUUAUCCGUGGACAGCCAGCAGAUGUUUUCCCCAGGCUUUUUAAGGAAUGGAACAUUGCAAAACUUUCUAUUGAAUAUGAUUCUGAACCAUUUGGGAAGGAAAGAGAUGCAGCUAUCAAGAAGCUGGCUAGUGAAGCAGGAGUGGAGGUCAUUGUUCGGAUUUCGCAUACAUUGUAUGACCUGGACAAAAUAAUAGAAUUAAAUGGAGGACAGCCUCCUCUUACUUACAAGCGAUUUCAAACCCUAAUUAGUAGAAUGGAACCCCUGGAGAUGCCUGUGGAGACUAUAACCCCAGAAGUAAUGAAAAAAUGUACUACUCCGGUUUCUGAUGACCACGAUGAGAAAUAUGGUGUGCCAUCACUUGAAGAGCUGGGUUUUGACACAGAUGGUCUGCCUUCUGCAGUAUGGCCGGGGGGAGAAACUGAAGCUCUCACACGCUUAGAAAGACAUUUAGAACGAAAGGCUUGGGUAGCCAACUUUGAAAGACCACGAAUGAAUGCAAAUUCCCUUCUGGCAAGCCCUACGGGGCUUAGUCCCUACCUCCGCUUUGGCUGUUUGUCCUGUCGGCUCUUUUAUUUCAAGUUAACAGAUCUGUACAAAAAGGUAAAAAAGAACAGCUCCCCUCCCCUCUCCCUCUAUGGCCAGCUGUUAUGGCGUGAAUUUUUCUACACAGCGGCGACUAACAAUCCACGGUUUGAUAAAAUGGAGGGGAAUCCUAUCUGUGUUCAAAUUCCAUGGGAUAAGAAUCCUGAGGCUUUGGCCAAAUGGGCAGAAGGCAGGACAGGUUUCCCUUGGAUUGAUGCAAUUAUGACACAACUUCGUCAGGAAGGUUGGAUUCACCAUUUAGCCCGGCAUGCUGUAGCGUGCUUUUUGACUCGAGGUGACCUCUGGAUUAGCUGGGAAGAAGGAAUGAAGGUCUUUGAAGAGCUGUUACUUGAUGCAGAUUGGAGUGUGAAUGCUGGAAGCUGGAUGUGGCUAUCCUGCAGUUCGUUCUUUCAACAGUUUUUUCACUGCUACUGCCCAGUGGGUUUUGGCAGAAGAACUGACCCAAAUGGGGAUUAUAUCAGACGUUAUUUGCCAGUACUUAGAGGUUUCCCUGCAAAAUAUAUCUAUGAUCCUUGGAAUGCCCCAGAGAGCAUCCAGAAGGCUGCAAAAUGUAUUAUAGGAGUUAAUUAUCCCAAACCAAUGGUAAACCAUGCAGAGGCAAGCCGUCUGAAUAUUGAGAGGAUGAAACAGAUCUACCAGCAGCUUUCACGAUACAGAGGACUGGGUCUUCUUGCAACUGUGCCUUCUAAUCCAAAUGGAAAUGGAAAUGGUGGCCUAAUGGGCUAUUCACCAGGAGAAAGCAUUUCUGGUAGUACAGGAGUCUUCCCCCUGCCUCUCCAGGAGCUCAGCUGGGAACUGGUGAUGGUCAUUCUGUUGUUCAGUCAUGUGCCCUGGGAGACUCUCAUACAGGAACAAGUGGAAUUCAGCAGCCAGGUUACUGUCAAGCAAGUAGUAUCUUACACUAUGCUCAUGGAGACAAUCAGCAAUCACACUUAUUGCAAGCAGGAAGAACGGCCCUUGGUACUGGCAUUAGUGCAGGGAAACGCCCAAAUCCAGAAGAAGAAACUCAGAGCGUUGGACCAAAAGUCCAGCGACAGAGCACAAAUUAAACUGCUUGAUUGGAAGAGAAGUUUGCCAGUGAAAGAACACAUGGGACAAAAGUCCUGCUACUCUGUAUUGGAGCUAAAGUGUUGUGAGAGUUCAUGUUCUAAAAGUACAUACUUUUUCAUAAAUUAUUUUCAAUUGUUUCAGUUGUUGUAAACAAGUCCAAUUUUUGGAAUGCAUUAUUUCUAACUGGCAUUUCUAUGGUUUUUAACUUUUUAAUGACUAUUUCACAAAGGGCAAAUUGAGUUUUGUAUAUAAAGUAUUUAGUGAAGAAUUUGCUAACUUAUUGUAAAUAUAAAUAUUCAUGAUUAGUGAUAGACCCAUCAAUAUAUUUUUGAUAAUCUUUCAUGUAUAUGGUAGUAGGAAAAGCUAUAGUGCUGUUCUGAAAAACAGAUGAAAAUAGAAAGUUUUGGAAGUUUUUAAAUCAUUAUUAUUUUUAGAUUCCAUACUUGAGCUCUGUAUGAUCAAUUUCAUAUUUUCAUAAUGUAAGUUCUUAGGACUGUAUUUAAUCAAAUACAGUAGAACCAAAAUUGUAACCAUAAUUAAUCACAUCUGUAUAUAAAACACAUGCCAAUUUUAGUCAAGUUGUAAAAUUUUCAUGUAUAUGUCCAGUCCUUGUAUUUCUCAGUUGCCUUGUUCAGUAAUGACAUACCUUGUUAAUAAAAGAAAAUUGUAUAUAUAGAUACA